AGAUUAGCGUUAGAUUAAGAUAGGUGGUCUCCUUCAGGAGGUGAUCUAUGGUAUGUUUGUUCGCUUCUCAGCGAUUCUCCAACGAUCAAGGGACGCGAGAUGAUGCAAAGCCACGCGACACCGAUCCCGCCCUCUCCGGCAAGGCUCGGCCUCACCGCCACCGCUCACUCGCCCUCUCUUCCCCCCAAUCCGAAUCCGAGCGCUAACCCUAACCCUAAACCCACUUUGCCAUCUUCUUCCUCCUCCACCGCCGGCCAGAACUCCGCCCCUGCUAUCUCUUCUGCCCUCCUCUCCCUCCUCCCCCCUCUUCCCCGCGCCCAGUCCAUCCUCCCCCAGCUGGCCGCCCUCGCCUCCAAGCUCUUCGAUCUAUCCCCCAAUCGCUCCGUCUGGCUCGCCGCCUACCGCGGUAACCUCCCGAACUUUUCCAACGAGCUCAAGUCGUCUGCCACCGUUCCCCUACCAGCCUCCACCAAGGACCUGCUCGCUCACUUCGCAUCCCUCCAGGACCAACUCUCCGACGCCAUCGCCGAGCUCCAGAAGAUACUCGAUCUGCAGGACACCCGCGCUAAGGUCGCCCGCGAGGUAGUCUCCAAAGAUUCGGCCCUUCUCGCCUUCACUAAGAAAAUACGAGAGGCUGAACAAGUUCUGGACCAGCUCGUCGACGACUACGCUGACUAUCGCAGUGAUCCCAAGCGCCCUAGAUACGACGGCAAUUCUUGUUAUACAUCAUCCUCGUUGGACUUGGAAGAUAUUUUGUCUUACGCCCAUCGUAUUAGCUACACUACCUUCGCCCCACCGGAGCAUGGGGCAGGGCUUGCCCCGCUUCGUGGUGCGCUGCCACCUGCGCCUCAGGAGAACGAGAUGCGAGCGUCGCAGUUAUAUCACUUUGCUGACCUCGAUAUCGGGCUGCCGAAGAAAGCUGCGCCAGAGGCGAAGGAAAGGGCUGCGGACGGUGUGCCAGAGAUUUCAUUGCAGCCUACUCCGCCCAGGGAGGAUGUGCCAGUGGCGAUUCUGCCGCCAUUGCUUCCUAUUGCAGUGCCUCCAGGUUGGAGGAAGGGAAUGCCUGUGGAGUUACCUACGGAGCUCCCACCUGUUCCUCCUGGAUGGAAACCAGGGGAUCCAGUUACGUUGCCAUUAGAUGGAGUUGUGGUAGGUAAUAAAGGAGAUGAGCCGCAAUUGGGUGGUGUUCCUGGUGUAUUAGUCGGGCAACCAAAGGCGCCAGAGGCCAUUCAGGUCAAGUAUGUGCAGCUUGAUAUAAAUCCAGAACAGGAUGAUUAUAGUAGUGAUUAUAGCAGUGAGGUGGGGAGCUCAGAGGAGGAUGAAGACUGAAGUUUGGGGAGUCUGUUUUGCUCUCUUAGUCCUCUUCAGUUCGGUUGCAUAUUUGUCUUGUGCUGUUCGACAUCAUCACAUUCAAGUUAAUUUUAGACUCGGAAAGAAAUAGCUACUGUUCUUUUCUGAAAAUUGUUGGAUACUUAAUAUGUGUUAUUUAAUGCAUAAUUGCCUUUAGGGAGUUUCAUUC